AUGGACUCAGAACUGAAUCCAACAAUUAGAAAGCUUGCAAUUAAUGUCAUGGAUGACCUUCUGGCUCGUCCUAUGAUAUUAAUUCUCUCAGAAAGGGAAAAAUACAAUGAUGGCCCACUCUCUCAAAUUCGUCAAGAAUUAACGAACAAAAAAUUCCCGAAUAUAUCAGCUUGGGAAAAAGCAGUUGUAGAUGUAUUCAGGGAUAAAAAAUUCAGCGAAGAUGAAGUACUUAGAGAUGUAGCCUACGAAAUGGAAACAUAUUUCAACCAAAAAUGUGAACUACUGAAUGAGCUAAGUGCAUUUCAUUUCAAAGAUUUACUUCAAAACAUAUCAGAUACAAUUAAAGAAAAUAAUCCAGAUUUAUUGGCUGAAAAAUAA